AUGCUGGAUCCUAUACCGCUUCCCCCGCGAUGGCUUCAAGAUUUGGUUACGCCGAUCGCACAGAGUUGGUCCCUGCCGACGCUGCCAUACCACAUACAUGAAGUCAUCCUCUCAUUCGCCCUGUACCAGUUCAUCCAGUCCAUCGUCGCACCCAGGCUCUCGACGUGGCUCUUCCCAAAGCUUUAUCCUAAUUUCUCUAAGCGCACGAAGCUCGGCUGGGAUAUCCAUGUCGUCUCCCUCACGCAAAGUACCCUCAUCUCCGUCUUGGCGCUGUGGGUGAUAUUUUACGACGAGGAGAGGAAGAACAUGACACCGGUUGAGCGAGUGUAUGGAUAUUCUGGAGCCUGUGGCUUGAUUCAGGCCAUGGCUACAGGCUAUUUCCUGUGGGAUCUGAUCAUCAGCGUCAGACAUGUCAGCGUGUUUGGCGUCGGGAUGCUGUUCCACGCGAUCAGUGCCGUGUUGGUGUAUUGUUUAGGAUACAGGCCAUUUGUCAAUUACUAUGCGCCAACCUUCAUCCUUUAUGAGCUCUCCACUCCAUUCCUGAACUUCCACUGGUUCUUUGACAAACUGAAUAUGACUGGAUCCCGUGCCCAGUGGUACAAUGGAAUGGCUCUUCUCUCGGUCUUUUUCUCUUGUCGUCUCAUCUGGGGCUCAUGGAACUCCUUUUAUGUCUUCUAUGACAUCUACAAGGCCCUCUAUAUAUCCGAUAGAUCCGUUCCCGUUAAUAGUACCGACUUUUACUCCUUAGUGUUCAGCACUCGGAAUUCAUCUAUGUGUCUAGACGACCGCUGUAUCAAGGCAAAUGCAGAGGUCUCUCAGUUUGCGGACUUCUCCGCCCCCGGUUUUCCACUAUGGCUUGCAUUUAUAUACCUUGCUAGCAAUACCGUUCUCAACACCCUUAACUGGUACUGGUUCUCAAAGAUGAUAGAUGCAGUUCUCAAGCGUUUCAGAGGCGAGGACUUGCCGUCGGCAGAGAAGAUUGCCCCUCCAGAAUCCAUUGAAGGGGACGCAAAUCCGAUCAUCCUUGAAGCUGCUUCCACCCUUGAAAAGGAAGAAGCUACCUUUACCACGGGGACCUUAGACGCUGAGUCAGAGGUCUCUAACAACACUACACAGUCUACCCCAAUGAACGGCGGAUCUGGCGCUCGAAGACGGAAGGCAUAG